AUGGAACCCCUGCGUUAUGGCUGUCUGAGCCUGGCAUGGAACUUCUGCGUUGCGGCUGCUCUUAGACAGCCACAACGCAGAAGUUCCAUAUCACCAUGGAGAAAGGACUCCCUAAAUUAUAUCCAAAUUCAAAACCAAGCUCAAGCGAAUAUAAGUGGUCUUCUCGCCUUGAUCGGAGUAUGCUCGGCACAGACGUUUGCAUGGCCUAGCUCAUCGUACAACCCUUACUACGCGAGGUUCUUCGCAGCUGCAUCAGCCCCUGUGCCGGUGGCACCUGCGCCUGUAGCAGCCGCCUACCCAGCUGUGGCAGCAGCUCCAGUAGCUGCUGCUUAUGCAUCUCCUUUGAGCCCUCCAGUAGCUGCAGGACCCGCCAUCGCCGCUGCUACUGCUAACGGAGCAGCACUUCUGACUGCCCCAGCUUUGGCGGCUCCCGUUUAUGCUGCUCCAGCUCUCGCAGCUCCAGCAUACGCUGCCCCAGCCUACGCUGCUGCUCCUCUACCGGCACCAGCUGUAGCUGCUGCUCCCGUUGUAGCUGCUGCACCCGCAGUCGUUCCUGCAUAUGCACCAUUCCAGGCUGCAGCUUAUCUCAUUGGAUCCAACAAGGCCGCCACGAAGGUUUGA